AUGUUUGCGAUUCGUCAAGCGGCCGGUAAGGGCCUCGGUGUGUUUGCAUCAAAGCCCAUUCCCAGAGGCCAAAGGAUUCUCACCGACCAGGCUCUACUCACCAUCUCAUCAUCAGACAGCGGCUCUAUCCUUCAAAAUGCUCACCUUCUCUCAACAGCUGGCCAGAAAUCACUCCUAUCGCUGUCAACCAACCCCAGCAAAUCAAGUGUUUUUAGCUGGCUAGAAUCCAUAUGGCGAAGCAAGUCUGCUCUGCGAAAGACAGUCUCCAAUCACACAAUCCUCAACAUCUUCCGCAACAACAAUUUCAACAUCGGCAACCAGAUUCAAGCCCUCUUCCCUCAGGUCGCGCGACUCAACCACUCAUGUGUGCCCAACUCGCAGGGGAACUUCAACCAGACACUGAAUGCGUUUACCAUCCACGCGACUAGGGACAUCGGCAAGGACGAGGAGAUCACCAUCUCGUACCUCGACGAGCACUUAGGCUUGCGGGAUUCGCGGCAGAGCGCACUGCAAGACGGGUACGGCUUCGUCUGCGACUGCUCCGCCUGCAACCCCGCCAGCUUCAAGGCCGGCGAGGCGCGGAGGACGGAAAUCAAGGGCCGACUGGAGCGCUUCGCCGAGGCCGCUUCGGAGGACCCGAAUGACGAGUUCGAGAUGAUGUUGACGCUCUUGGACGCUUACGAAGCGGAGGCGAUCCGCGGCCGAGAAGUGUCUACCAUGUACAUCGCGGCCGCGCGUAAGGCGUUUGGCCUAGAGAAACCGGAGAAGGGACGGGAGUUGGCGUUGACCGGCCUGCGUCUGGAAAAAGAAGCUGUUGGAAAAGACAGUCCAUUUUACACGGCGACAAGGAGCGAGGUAUUGGCGCUGGGCGUUGAGGCCUAG